AUGGCGUCCUCAACAGAACAACUAUUUCUCGCCAUCUUGAGAAGUGACCACAUUAAGGACUCUCUUCUUCCUCACCUCUCAUCCACCGACCUCUGCAACGUCCGUCAAUCUUCAUCGGCUUGCUGUAACCUCCUUACUAAGCGUAUCUUCACCCGCAUCCACGUCUCCUUCUCAGCCUCGACCUUUACCAAGUCAGCUCGAGUUGCUGCUCUCGCUCGUAUCGGCCAUCAUAUUGAGCAUCUUACCUUCUACUUCCCGCAUUCGGACGCUACUUUUCUCCCCCCUCUCAUUCAUCCCGUUUCUGGUAACGAGAUAUGCUUCCUAUAUACCCCUCACACGAGCAUGGGUUCUGUUCUCUCUCGGCCCAAGUACGCCAACGCUGAGCUUGGUGACAUCCUUACGCAGCAGUAUCCUCCUCUCUUUCAUGCUGCCACCAAUGUCCCUAGCUUUAUCAACGCCAUGCGCAGUCUGACCAACAUGCGCCAUCUGACUAUCAGAUGCCCUGGACAGGAUCCUAGAGAGCGAUAUCGCCGUGACAUUGUCGACUAUGCUCUUAUCAGCUUGCGUAUCUCCCUUGAGCGUGCUCCUCUAGAGAAGCUUCACAAGUUGUCCCUUUCUCAACUGCAUCCUGCGGCUUUCAACUACCUUCGUCACGUCAAUGGCUUUGGAACGGUCCCAUCGGCCGGAAGACGCUGGCGCCAGAUCAACAAGCUCUCCAUCUCGGUGGAUGCUUGGGACUUUUAUGGAACAUCGCCUGGCCGUGACCAUUUGAAGAUCUUGGAUGAGUACAUCCGCACCUUUGCUCCCAAUCUAGAGAAGUUCGCCUUCACAUGGCUUGGUCGCAAAGGCCCUUGCCCAGUUGCUCUGGCUGCUGAUCCCCUGUUCUCACCGCCACGUGCCUCCAAGAAACUUUUCCACGAGGUCACAUCUCCUAUCAACUUGAUUAACUCACACCGCCCAACAGUCAAAGAAUUCGACUUCGAGAGUGUCGUUCUUGCUGACAAUGGCAAUUGGGACGACGUCCUUGCGCCCAUCGACACUGACGAUUCAUGGUCUCGAAGCAACAGCAUGACCGCCCAAUCAGAAUACAGUCUUGUUACAAGUCCCAGCUCAGAACAUCUUCCUAGCCCAAGUGCUGCUGUAACUGCCGCUAGUCGCGAGCUCUUGGACAUGGACCUCGGUGGUUUCCCCUUCGGCGAUAUUGAAAACGAAGUCAUUGAUGACGUCCCUACCGAAGAGAUCACUGUCGAUGAACAUCUUUCUGCCCCUGUAUAUGAAUCAGAUGCCGGCUUCAGCACAAAACUUAGAAAGAAGCGCUCUCGUCGCCGCAGAAGGAAGCAUCGCAGCAGUGAUGACGACGCCCCUGAAACACCGUCUUCCUCACCCAAGUCCUCCCAAAACUCCCUAUCACGCCGCCACAAGACCUCUCGUCCUCGACUCCAACCUUCUGUGGAGGAACACAUCUUCCGCCCCUCAACUCCUGUCCCCAACAUCACCGCCCCGCUCUUGAUCAGUGAUCCCCAGCCCGUACUGCUACAACCCACAACUUACGACCCAACUGCAAGGAAGAAUACCAGUCGAGACCCGGAUGAAGGCAUAUCUCCUGUUCAGCGCAAUAUUGAACAGGAAGAGACUCACCGUCUUUUAGCCGAAGAUGCUGCCGCGAGAGUGAGCGCCUUGCAAAAGGCCAAGGCCGCUGUCCUGUCCAAGCUAAGCCGCGAGUUCUGUCAUAGCAAGAAACCUCGUGUCGGUGAAGCUAACGCAUGUCGCUUUCUGGCAGGUCGGGAUAUUGGUACGGCAUUUGGCCCCGGCAUGGUCAUGGAGGAUCGAAGAGCAUUGGAGAGUCGGAGUGUAUUGGUACCCCUUAUGUUCAGUCGCUCAUGA